AUGGCUACCUCUACUCUACCAUUUCAAUGCCUCACCUCCUCCCCCUCCCUCCCUUCAACAACCGGCCUCGGCAUCCGCCUCUCCUUCUACCUCCUCUGGUUCGGUCUCAUCCCGGCAACUCUCCUCCGAUCCGCCUCUCCAGCACCCUACACCGUUCUCCGAGCAACUCACGCCAUUCUCUGCUACGCCGUCUUUAUCGGCCUAGCAAUGAAAGUCGCCUCUCCCAGCUCAGACACAGCCUACUUCGGAGCAGCAGAAGUGUACAUCGCCACCUUGCUUGAAAGACGAAAAGCGGAGUAA